AUAUGGUUGAUUUUGUCUUCGAGGGAAGGAAGAGUAUAUCUUCAUGGCGGAUUUCUUUUUCCAAUAAUAUCCACACAUUUUGCACAAAACACAAUGGUAGGAAUUGAAUCGUCCUCUCUUUACUCGAUCGGAAACAGCGCAUACAAACAUGGCGGAGGUGAAGAAAGAGGCUGCCGUCGUUUCCCUGAAGCUGCUGAUCGACGACAGCAAGAACCGAGUAGUGGCGGCGGAAGCCAAAAAGGACUUGGUCGACAUUCUUUUCGGCUUCCUCGCCCUCCCAAUGGCCACCGUAAUCAGGCUCACUGCCACCUCCGGCGCAACCAUAGGGUAUAACUGUAAGAAUUUGGGGAUUAACAUUGAUGAUUCUGGGUCGGAGAUCACUUACGCGUGUUCCGCCGGCAGAUACUGCUCCAGCUAUUAUAGCCAGUACCCAAACUUGAGCUGCGUCCUGUGUAGGCAGGGGACGACCACAAUAGAACGGCGGUCUGGUGGUUAUUAUGAGGGUGGCUUUCUGCAAGGGGGAGUAGUGUUCAUAAUCAGCGACGAUUUAAGAAUAAGACCUGCUUCUCCAGCCGUUCUUUCUCAACUUUUGCCCGCCGACCUCAUCACUUUAAGUGAAGCCAAGCAAUUCCGGGAGAUGAGUGUAGACGUUUCCAAGGAUGAGGUAUUAGGCCUGCUCGCACACUCAAUGUUUUCAGAGUCUUCUUUAAGCGACUUCUUUUUGGGUAAUAAAGGAGGAGCUUUGAGUCACCAAAAGAAAGUUGGUUCCAAAUUGUCACCCUCAAUAGCUACAGCAGUUCAGACAACUCCAGAACAAAAUCCUCCCAGUACUACUACAUUGAAUCUUAAAGUAACAACCAAGAAGUCAACAAACAAGAUUCUAUUUGCCGAAGCCACAGACGAGUUCUUUGAUUUCCUUUGUAGCUUUCUAACAACUCCUCUUGGAUCGAUGGCACACGUGUUGGAUGGCCAUUCGGGGUUCAUAUGCAUUGAUAACUUAUACCUGAGUGUGCUGGAGUUGGAGGAUAAAUGGUUUCUUUCAGGCUUGAAAUCCACCUUACAAAACCCCAAGAUUGCCCCGUAUCAUAACUGCAAGAAGCAGCCUCUGAAAUUGGAAGAACGCGUUGCUAACGCUUAUUUGCUGAAACCGAGGGGAAUCAAUAAUUUUGCCUUGCAACCGUCUGUGUUCAUGGUUCCAGAUGACCUUGAGGUGAAGCCUCUAUCUCUUUUAACAAGUUUUAAUUUAAUGAGGGAAGUUGUAGAAUUUUGGAAAAACUGAUCUGCCUUUCAUUCAAUAUUCACAACGUAUAUAUACAUGUGCCAAGUCCUACUCCAAGAAUGGAAAGGACUACUAACAAGGAAACUAAUUACACUACUAACAAGGAAACUAAUUACAAAGGAAACUAAUUACAUAUAUGGUAGUAAAUAAAUAUAUAUGCU